ACUUCACUGAGGCAGAUUAAUUAAUAUAGGGAGAUUUUUUUGGGUCAAAGGAAAUUUGGAGUUUACAUAUGCAGAUAUGCUUUUAUUUUUUACGUUUUGCUACAAACAUAUACAGAUUAACAGAUAUACUCAACAUAAAGGCACGGUGGCCUAGGUUUCAGACACAAAUAUUUUUCUACUCGAAGAUAAUAAAUAUUGUUAUUUAUGUCUAAAAUGUUUUAAUAUAUUAGAAAGUAAAUCCAUGAGGUUUUGAGAAAAUCUGGCAGAUUUUCUAAUUUAACAAAGGAUUUUUUUUUUUUUUUGGGGCGUUGGGUUGGGGGUUUGGGUAAAUUUCUCGAAGAAAACCUUAUGGUAUUCGCUCUAUGAUGCAUUUCAAAGACGUAUUGAUUGGGUAUUAAAAUUGGAGCUUCUCUCCUAGAACACAACCAUUAAACCAAGCACCUUCCAAAUCUUUCUGACACCAGACAAAAGCAAAAGAAAAAUUAAAAUAAAAAGAAUGAAAAACAGUUUCUCAGCUGGAGGCUGGAGAAGAAGAAAAAGCAUCAAUGGGACCUCAACGGUACCGCCAGCAGCGAGUGACACACACUUCUCUUCUCCAGCUUUUAUACAAAUUCCCACUAUUUACCCUUUAACUGAAACAAGAUUUCCAACACGUGUCCAUAUCUCAUUUGUUAUCUUCUGCUAUCCUGGACAACAACGCGGCGGGGGCAUUAGUUUCCAUCUUUUUCUUCUCCUAAGUAGCCCCGAUGAUAUACGAUAUUUACUUCCUUCUCCAUAGAAACCAUAAAAUCCAUUAGGGGUAUUUUAGACCAAGUAACCCUGGAAAAAGGGACCCGAAGCAUACGAAUCCCAAUCCAUUUUUUAAUAAAUCGUUUGGAGUCCGCCUUUAUAAAUAUUCCUCCUUAUUUUCCCUCCGCGUUCUUCUCUGUUUCGUCAGAAAGCAAACGUGAAAGGAAACGCUCUGCUCCAAGGCUUGGAGGCUAGUUUUUUUUUUCCAUGAAAUUUCUUUUGUUUUUCCUGAAAACCGAGAGCGUGUUAUUCUCUUUGGCCACGAAAAGAUUUUGAUAGUCGAUGAAGCACGGUUUGACUUGGAAUGCAAAUGCGUUUUAUAUUCUGUGAAGUUUCGAGGUUGAUUUCGAGCUGAAACUAGGGUUUCGUAUGGAUCUGGAAACUAAAAGUUUCGGGGUCACGGAGCUUUUCAACUCGCUUCCAAAAUGUAAAAUUUCCGGAUUUGAUUUUGGAAAGGUCACUUCUAAUGACGAUGACGAUCUUCGAAGCUCGAUGGACGAGAAUUUCAAUGUGGCUGAUGGCCGAACGAGCGUAACCGUGUCCAUCUGUCAAGACGAUAGGACUCAGCUUGUAGCAUCGUUGAACCGAUUCUUUCAGGCCUCUUCGGAACCCUUGGACCGUAGCAUUUUGUCGAGGCUUGUCCACCUCUGCUGUGUGUUCGACUCGGUGGACUGUGCUUCAGCAUUACUGUCCGGAGAGCUAAAGACGGUGCCACUGGUGAACGAGAUGAGCGAGAUGGGGCAGUCGGCGUUGCACACGGCUGCGGAGUCCCACUCCAGCCGGUGCGUCGAACUUUUGCUCAAGAAACGCGCCCGUACGGACCUCAGGACUAAGGACGGUAGCGCACAGCUCGCUUUGGAGCUGUCUCUUUCUAGCACAAGGAUGGAUGUGAUUUGGAAUCCAGAUACGUACUCCGUUCAGGACUUGGUCACCAUUCUAGGCCAAAAGGAUUUGACCACGGUGAGACUUCUUGCCGAGAAAACGAAGGAAAUAGCGGAGGUGGCGUUUGCAAAGGCCGUAGAAGGACGAAUAGUUGCUUUAGGGGCACUACUCAUGGUAGCCGCAGAAAAGAUUAACGAGUCGGUGUUGGAAUUUCGGGACACUGAUUCGGGUUCCAAGGAGAAGAUGACCAUAUACGAAUGCGUGUUGCGGGAAGCUAUGUCCUUGGAUUCUGCAACGGCGCCGUCGGAAAUGGCCAAACACUCUUGUUCCACCGACAGCGAGAACGCCAAGAAAAGGAAGCUUUUGCUUCGCGAGAUCGAGUUGCUUCAGCUCGCUGGGGUUGUGGCUCACAGCAGUUGUACGGACAAGAAGGUGACGUCACUGCUAAUCCGUGCAGUCCAGGCAGGAGAUGAAGCUGUCACUGAGCUCCUUCUGAAGACAGACAUAGACAUAAAUGAUGUUGAUGUAGAUGGGAACUCUGCUCUUCAUUGGUCCCUUAAAGCGCCAAGGGGGUCAUGUCUGCAGAAUAUAAAAUUUUUAUGGCUUCUUCUUAAGCAUGGUGCUCGAGUGAACCAAAGGAACAAAUUAGGGUUAACUGCACUACAUGUUGCUGCUAGUAAUGGUAAUUCACAGGCACUUCAGGUCCUUCUAUUGGAAGAUCCAGACGGUAUCAAUUAUAAGACAGAAAUGAAAGAAACCCCACUAUUUUAUGCAGUGAAGAAUGAACACAUUAACUGUGUUGAGCUUCUUUUGCGCUGGGGAGCAAGUAGUGAAGUUUUCAAUUUACGUAGACAAAGACCUAUCGACUUGGCUGAGUCUCAAGAUAUGCGUUUCAUGCUGAACCCAGCAAAUAUUAGUCUCAUGAGUCGUGACUACCCCAUUCAACAAAUGUAUGCACCUUCUUUACAAGGUGACGAUGAGGUUUUCUUGGAUACCUGUAAAGCACUUCUAAACAUGACCGAUGAAAACAUCCCUCCAGAUAGAAUUUGUUCAAGCGCCAAAGGGGAGAUUUGUAAAUACUUCACUUCUGCUCGUGGAUGUGGCAGAGGAGAUAAGUGCUUCUUCUUACAUGGUGAGGAAGAACAUCAGCAGGUGAAGCAGGGAACUCAACAAAACCAUUCUCGUGCCAUAAAGGAAUUCAAACGGAAAAUCUUUGUGGGAGGGCUCCCUCUUUCGGUGAACUCAGAUUUGUUGGGUAAGUUGUUUGAAGAACAAUUUGGAUCGGUGGAAGAUGCUAUAGUAAUUGUAGCUCAAAUAGGAAGUCAGACACAAUCUCGUGGCUUUGGUUUUGUGACCUUCAAAGAGGAGAAAUCUGCUUUGGCUGCUGUUCAAGCGCACUAUGUCUCUAUAAUGGACAGGCAAGUUGAGAUUAAAAGCAUAAUCACAAAAUGUCUACCCCUGGCUGAGGCCCAAAAACUGUCACCUAAACUACAUGAGCAGGAGAAGAAUUACCAUUGUCAUUCUCCACCUCAAAUACACAAUGACAAGAUUGUGGAAGAGGCUAAACCUGAAGAAAGCUCUUGGGUUGAUAAAUUACUCAAUGGGCAACCUAAGACAUGUUCCAAUGAAUCUCAAAGACAUGAAAAGCCUGGUGUUGCAGAACAAAGCAUGCCUACAUGGCUUAGGCUUUUCAAGAAGUGGCUUCCCUGCUUCUUGAAAGAGUUGUCAAAGCGUCCCAAGGAAGGAGACUAUGCUCUCUCAUCCCUGAAAAGAGAUUUUAGAGAUAAAUUUGACAUGGAACUGGAUCAUGCCUCUCUUGGCUACUCUAAGCUUAGUGACUUCAUGAAGUGUUUCUCUGACCUUUGCAGCAUGAAGGUUGUCCCGAUAGGCAGCCAUGGCCCUGCCACUCACAUGGUCCUCUUGCCAAACCCUUGUAGGCCUCAUCAAGUGCUUCAUAAACUCACAAUGCCCUGCAGUCCUCAUGCAACAUCAAUUGGUGACGGUGAAGAUGGAAAUUCUAAUGAUUCCAAGAGUCUUCAGGACCUUACAUCAGGAUCUUCUGGAAGUGUUAGUCCUGCUUACAGCCGCAGUGAGGAAGAAAACCCAUUCGAGGGUUACUCUGAAGUGAAUUCAACUCAGACAAUUAGGCUUACUUAUAUGCAGAAUAGGUGCCUCAAGUUCUUGAAGCAGGAUCCGUGCUUCCAUGUUCGACCCUGGCUGGGGAAAACCUGCGAUGUAGGUUCUGGAGAUAGUAAUGAUGGAAUAGGAGAGUGUGUAGAGGGGGUUCACAGGAACAGCAUUAGGCAUCAACGACAGCAUUUGGUUUUGGAGGCCCUUGCCAGAAAAAGGAAGAAUUUAUCUGUGUACUUUCUUCGUGAAUUUGAUUUCUACAAGCAGAAUUAUAAGGAAAGCGUUACUGGGGGGAAGUGUUUUGGAUGUAAUGAGCGUAAGAUGUUAUGGGCCAACUUCCCAUGCCAACAUUUGCUGUGGUGCAGUGAUUGUAGAGAGAAGGCCAUACUGGUAGGAGGUGCUUUUGCACACAAAUGUGUGGUGUGUGAUGUGGAAGUACAGAAAAUCGCUUUGAUUUCAACCUCAAUCUGAGCACGUUCCACAUUUUGAUCCUAAUCAGAUACAAAGCCAAGAAAAAGAAGUCUCCAUUAAUAGCACUAAUAUAUCAGUUGCAGUCAAGGGCUUAUUGCGCAGAGAAGAGGAACUGCAGUGAACUAGAACUACAGCCACUAUCCUAUAGAUGGUACGUGGUGAGUAUAAACUGUAAAUAGCCCCAGCACAAGUGGGAAAAAGAAAAAGAAGAAAACCAGACGGGCAGGUCAGCAAAAUCUCCAUGUGAUCACAAUUACUGGUAUAAGUUGCUCUCUGGGAUUUAAUUCUAGAUAUUAGUGACUUCAAAUUGUAAGUAGCAUCUAUAUAGCAAGAACAUCAAAGUUGCAAGUAUCACAAUUGGCAACCUAUAUACUCGUUUACUGAAACCGGUAUUUCUUUUGUCAUUUCUUCAUCAAUUGAAACUGAAAAUUGAAUGGAAUUAUGAAGUCCUCCAAAACAAA